GCAUAAAAUUACUUCAGAUUAUUUUUACUUCGUUACUCAGCUCCUGAUGUUUCUCGUUAUAUGCAAACGAAAGGUAAAUUGGUAGGCCAUGGGUCGCGGGCGACGCCCGUCUUCGGGGAGUAGUGACUCUGACAGUGACAGAGAUCGCCGCCGCAAGAAGAGAGAUGACCGAGGUCGUGAUCGUGAUCGUAGAGAAAGGAGCAGGAGUCGUGAUAGAGUGCGGAGGAGAUCGCGAAGCAGAGACAGAGAGAGGGCCCGAGACCGCGACAGGGAUAGACGAGAUGGGCCUAGAAGAGACCGUGAUCGUGAACGGGACAGAGAUAGAGACAGAGACCGGGCUCGCAGGCGUAGGAGUCGCAGCCGAAGCCCAUACCGCCGCAGAAGUCCAGGCAGGAGGCGCAGUCGAGAGAGGAGCAGAAGUAGAGAGCGUGCUUCCCGUCAUGCCAGCAAGAGCCCAGAACCUAUCACUGGAAAGCGACAAUCACCUGCACCUCCUCUUGUCAAGACUGAGACAAAAACAACCAGCAGCUCAACAACAACAACACCAGCAUCCACAAACAAUGCACCGAGUGCUUCUGCAAGUUCUGAUCCACCUCCUGCGAAGCGUACCGAUAGCGGCAACCUGGGAGAGGAACAGCAGAUUGAUAUGGUGAUGGAAAGGCGAAAGAAAGUGGAAGCUUGGCGUGCAGCUCAGCGGCAAGCCAAGGACGGGACUGCAGAGACUGCAGAGCCCGUGUCGGAAGCAACAGUGAAAGAAGAGCCCAUGAAGGAGGAAGAAGAAUCUGAGCCAGUUGUGCAGAAAGGCUGGACAUUGGAUGAUGAGGACGAUGAUGAUGAGGCAGAAGAAGAAAAUGCUGGUGAGGAAGGUGAAUCAAAAAAGUCUGAGGAUGAUGAAAGCACAGCAGUGGAUAUGGGAACCGAAGGCGAUGACGAGGAGGAUGACAUUGAUCCUCUUGAUGCAUUCAUGCAGGGCGUACAGCAAGAAGUGCGCAAGAUCAAAGGAGUCGAUGUUGAUUCGGAGAAGAAAACGUCCGGAAAGACUGCCACUAUCGUCAAGACAGUGGUGACGACGGUGCAGAAAAGUCAGCCAGUCGUGACGAAAAGUACGAAAGGAGAGCUAAUGUACAACAACCAAGAUGCAUUAGAGUACAGUUCGGAAGGUGACUCGGAUGCUGAACUGAAGAAGAACAUGGCUGCACUGAAGAAGAAAGAGAAGGGCAGCAAGAAAGAGCUGGCCAUUGUCGACCACAGUAAAGUGACGUACAGCGAGUUCCGCAAAGACUUCUACGUCGAAGUACCCGAGUUGUCGCGCAUGACUGAGGAAGAGGUGAAUGCAUUCCGCGAGGAACUCGGCAAUGUUCAAGUGAAAGGCAAGAAUUGCCCGACACCGGCCAAGACCUGGUCCCAGUGUGGUCUGAGUGCACGUGUCAUGGACAAUAUCAAGAAGCUCAAGUACGACAAGCCUACACCUAUCCAAUCGCAGGCCAUCCCCGCGAUCAUGUCCGGCCGCGAUGUGAUUGGCAUUGCGCGUACCGGCAGUGGCAAGACGGUGGCCUUCCUGCUGCCUCUGUUCAGGCAUGUUUUAGAUCAGGAGGAACUGGAGACGGGCGACGGUGCGAUCGCUAUUAUCAUGACUCCAACGCGAGAGCUAGCGCUGCAGAUCUAUGCGGACUGCAGGAAGCUUGGCAAGGGUCUGAACUUGACGUGUGCGUGUGUGUACGGUGGCACCGGUAUCAGUGAGCAGAUUUCCGAGCUGAAGCGCGGCGCUGAGGUGAUCAUCUGCACUCCGGGACGUAUGAUUGAUAUGUUGGCAGCCAACAAUGGCCGCGUGACCAACUUGCGCCGCGUCACGUAUCUAGUGCUGGAUGAGGCUGAUCGCAUGUUCGACAUGGGAUUUGAGCCGCAGGUCAUGAAGAUCAUUGACAACACUCGACCUGACCGGCAAACAGUCAUGUUCUCCGCCACGUUUCCCCGGCAGAUGGAAGCUCUGGCACGGCGUAUCCUAAAGCGCCCUGUGGAGGUACAAGUGGGCGGCCGCAGCGUUGUAUGCGUUGACAUUGUGCAGACUAUCAUGAUGAUGGAAGAAGAGGACAAGUACUUCAAGCUGCUGGAACUGCUUGGACAGUACCAAGAAAUGGGCUCUGUCCUGGUCUUCGUUGAGAAGCAGGAAGACGCUGAUCGGUUGCUGAAGGAACUCUUCAAGUCCGGUUACCCGUGCAUGUCCCUGCACGGUGGUAUGGAUCAGUCAGACCGUGACAGUGUGAUCAGCGACUUCAAGCAAGGUGUCACCCGCCUGCUGAUUGCCACGUCUGUAGCGGCGCGUGGCCUGGACGUCAAGCAGUUGAUUCUGGUGCUCAACUAUGCGUGCCCCAACCACUAUGAGGAUUACGUUCAUCGCGUCGGCCGCACUGGCCGCGCUGGUAACAAAGGCUAUGCUAUCACCUUUAUCACAUCAGAGCAAGGCCGCUAUGCUGGCGACAUCAUCAAAGCACUGGAGCUUAGUGUAACGCCUGUACCGGAGGAGCUGACACAGCUGUGGGACGAUUACGUCGAGGAGCAGAAGUGCAUGGGCCGUGACGUCAUCAAGAUGCGAAACAAAGGCUUCAAAGGCAAAGGCUUCAAGUUUGACGAGUCCGAGAAAGCUCAGGCACAAGAACAACGUGCUCAUCAGAAAGCAGCUCUUGGACUCCGUGAUUCCGACGAAGAAGAAGCAGCAGCAGGUAAAGCUGCAGAUGACCUCGAGGAGCAGAUUGAAAAGUGGUUCUCAUCGCGUCCACGGCCGAAGGAGAGUCGUCACCAAAAGAACAAUGUUAACAAGUCCUCGCUAUUGCCUAGCAAUGCCCAGGCGGGUGGUGCCUCGUCCACUGCGCCGCAAACCGAAGCACUGCGCCGAGCACAGGCAAUUGCUGGCAAUAUCAUCACGGACAGGGGCCUGGGAGCUCAGCUGGGUGCCGGUGGUUCCUCGUCUGGCCUGGAUACCAUCGGGCAGGUUAUGCGCGGUGAUGCGGUGCGCUCCGUGUCCGGCGUGGCUCUGGCUGCUCAGCGUGCCGUGCAGAUCAGCAAGGAAAGAGGUCUGGCUACCACGCAAAACACGUCUGGUGUGUCAGCAUCCACCGCUAUGACUACUGACAAGGUUGAGGAAGAGAAGAAAACGGAGGAGCAAGUGAAUUACGAGGACGAAGUGGAAAUCAAUGACAUGCCGCAGCAAGUGCGCUGGAAGGUGACGUCUCGAGAUUCCAUGGACUCGAUCACUGAGUAUUCCGAGUGCGCUGUCACAGUGCGUGGUGUGCACUUCCCUCCCGGCAAGGAGCCAAAGGAAGACGAGAGGAAGCUGCAUCUGUACGUUGAGGGUCCAAACGAGCGUGCGGUGAUGAUUGCGAAGAUGGAGAUCAAGCGCAUCAUUAAAGAAGAGAUCCGUCGUCAAGCCAGCACGCUUGCUUAUCAGCGGCAACCUCAAUCCAGUGGCCGCUACCAAGUUCUUUAGUCUACAGCAUGUCACUAGUAACAGAUGCAAAGAAGUCAAAGCAUGCUUACUUUUCAUCAAAAUAUUUUUUUCAUGUUAGAAUGUUCAUAUUGAAAGCUGAAAACUCAUUGCCCACAUUGAUAGUACAGAUCCGCAUUAAACUUAGUGUUGAUACACCAAGAACUCAUGAAAUUCACCAUUUUUGAAUCUGUCAGGCGUCUUGCUCCGUUCUUUUCAUGUGCUUGCUCAUACCAGUAGUAUGAUUUCCUUGCCAACUACAUACUGGCAUGUUGCAAGUUUUCGUCUUUUUUUUUCAACAAAAUUUAAUAACUUGUCUUGAAACUUCUUUCUUGCUGUUUGUUCUGUUGUUGCUACGCCUUGAACGUCUAUACACAUACCUGCCUCAUUUGUGCAUUAGUGGAUUGUAACGUCACCUUCGUGACUUGUAUGAUCUUUGCUUUGGCAGCUCUA